GCUGUCCAGGGGACUGCUACCUGUAGCGGAAAGAGGGGGAUCUUAAAGCUUGGUAUGGGAGGCAAUCCCACCAGGCCGCUCAAUCCCCAAAGCGGGUUGCCAACAGCAGCCCUUCCCCUGUUUAGUCUCGUCCCACCCCCGUAUGAGUGGACCACGCCCCCUUAGCUGUAGCCCCGCCUCUCUAGACUGUUUUGGUUAUGGAGUCAGCCCAGCCCCCCAUCAGGCCGAUUCUGUCUACAUCUGAGAUGGCCCCGCCCUUCAGGAUCAGUUUGAAUGAGGAGCAGCUGGGACCAGCCGGCUGGGUGGGACGACCGCAAUGGCCCAAGCGAAAUCUAGACCUGGAUUUUUCGGCCACGGAGGCCAGGAUUCCAGAUCCGGGUACACUCGGCCUUCGAGGCAUCCUCCAGACACCUGGGAAGUCCCUCCUAUCAUCUAACUCCGAUUUUUCCUGCUGCAGUGAUGGAUCAGCUUAUCUUGGUCUCCAACCUCAGGGAUGGCCCAGACUCCGCUUUUGUCACCCCUUCUAAAGCUGGCUUCGUGGGAGCUCUCCGUGGUGCUGAUCUCAUGCGCUCCUGUCCACGGUGCUGAAUUCCGAGGGCAGCGUUGGGGGCUGAGGUCAGGGGAGAGAAAGGAUUGGCGAAAGGCAUAGCCCAAAGCCUGGACAUAUCUGACACACGAGCACCCUGGCCUACCCAAAAAUGGACAAGAGGAAGGUGGACAUGGCCUGCAGGGGCCACACUCGACCCAGGGGCCUGCCCUGGGCCCUAAGACUGACCCUGGUGUGGAUCCUGCUGGGGUUCUGUGGAGGGAGCCGCCCACUCCCAGCUCUGUCCCGGAGACACCAUAGGCUGGCGACCGAUUUCGGCACAGUCCAGCUGCACCUUGCGGAGAUGGACACGCCAGAGGCAUCGGACCCUGGGGCGGUCCCAGAACGCUGUGGGGAGCCGAGCCCUGGGUGCGAAUCCUUCCUGGGACAUCUCCAAGCUGCCCUCCAGAGUCGCUUCCGCCUGCUGUUAUUGGGGAUACGCCAGGCGCAGCCGCUCUGUUCUGAGCUCUGCGAUGUCUGGUUUGCCACCUGCGUAAGUGAUAUUACCUGCGGCCCAACUUGGCUUCCAUUCCCAGAAAAGCGGGGCUGUGAGCCUGGCUGCGCUACCUAUGAGCAGACCUUUGCCGAUGGGGCAGACCUUUGCCGCUCAGUCCUGGGCUACGUGCUGCCGGUAGCAGCUCCUGGCGCGGAUCACUGCCUCAACAUUUCCAUCUCGGUACUGCCGGGUCGCAGACACGAACGGAGGGCCCGGGAAAUCAGUUUCCCGCGGUCCCGCCGCUCCCGCACCUGGAUCCUGGAUGCUGCGGGCAGCGGGAGUGGUAGUGGAAGCGGCAGCGGCCCCUAGGGGGCGCCGGGCCUUGGAUGGAAGAUGCGUCCCUUCCCCCCACCCGGCCCAAGACACCUAGAGCGCCACCCCUCUCCCUCUCCGCUUUCUAGUUUCCAGAGUCCUGUCCCUCCUUCUGGAGUCCCAGAGACUAGCCCUUCUCCAGGUUAUUAGAGAAAUAGCCCAACUCUAGCUCAUUUUCCCCUCUUCCCCCACUGAAUAAAGUCGCCAGCUCGAAAGCA